UGGGUGUGUGUUGUUGUAGUUAAAUAUCCUAUAAAACUGCAACAAAGAGCGCAGAUGCAACAUGACGCACUUGAGCUUGUCAAAAGCUUGUGCAUGGAGAUAUUAGAGUUGGACGAUGCCAAAGCCUUCUCUUUAUUUCAACAACCACUUUUAAUUGCCGCAAAUUUAGGCACUCACGAAAUUAUAGAAGAGAUUGUAGACGUAUUUCCUCCAGCAAUUUGGGCUUCGGAUGAGGAGAAUCAUAACGUGUUUCAACUUGCUGUCUUACAUCGUCGAGAAAAUGUUUUCAAUCUUAUACAUCAAAUGAGUGAUUACAAGCAUCUAAUCACAAGAUAUAUAGAUCACCCGCAUGAUAAUAACAUAUUACAUUUGGCUGGCAAGUUACCAUCUUCAGACAGGCUUAAUCUUGUAUCGGGUGCAGCUUUACAAGUUCAACGGGAGUUGCAAUGGUUUAAGGAAGUGAAGAAGUUUGUGCAGCCUGGCCAAAAAGAGGCAAUAAACAAAGAUGGGAAAACCCCAUGGAUGGUUUUCAAGGAGGCACACGAACAAUUGAUGAAAGACGGAGAAGCAUGGAUGAAGACUACAGCACAAUCAUGUACAGUUGCCGCGACACUGAUUGCAACAGUAGCGUUCAAUGCAGGACUUAAAGUUCCUGGUGGUGAUAGCAAAGAUGGCCUUUCCCAAUUUUUUAAUGAUACUUCCUUUGGUGUAUUUGCUGUGGCAGACGCUAUAUCUCUAUUCUCUUCGGUCACUUCCAUACUAAUGUUUUUGUCAAUCCUAACAUCGCGUUACUCAGAAGAUGACUUCCGAGUUGCACUACCAAGGGGGUUGGUUGUUGGAAUGAGCAUGCUUUUCAUUUCCAUAAUAAGCAUGAUGAUAGCCUUCAGCUCAGCAAUCUACCUUGUGUUCGGUUAUCUGAGGGCUCGAAUUGUGAUUCCGGUGGGUUCGAUCCUUGUUCUGCCAGUAACCUUGUAUGUGCUGUUGAUCCCUCUCUAUCAAAUAAUUACAAGGUCCAAACUCAUUGGACCUGGACUUUUCGGCAAACAAAGUACCCGCAUACUUCACUAAGGAAGGAUUUUCAUUAUCCUCAUAUAAUUACCUGAAAAUAAAGAGAGAUUUAUUGGCUGAGGGGUAACUUGGUUAUGACAUAUAUAUAAAACUAGAUCUAUAUGGCACGAUGGUUAUUUUAAAUUUCAUAAUUCAUACAGUAACUAUUUUGAAAAAGUAAGUA